GAUGACAACAGAUGAUGCAAAUGCCAGUAGGUUUGUAACAAAGGUGAGAUGGGUGGUAGAGGCUGCAAAUGCAAGGAUCAAAAGGUGGAAGUAUCUUUCACAUGUUCUUCCAACAAACCAAGUGCCAUACAUAGGUGAUUAUGUAAGCAUAAUUUGUGCCUUAUGUAAUAAGUACCUGCCACCUAUCAACCAAACCCAAGAACUUGACUCAACUUUAGCAAGCCAGAUGCGGGAUAGAUUGUCAGGCAAUCUUUGUCUUCAAGAUUUUGUGGAAGAACAUGAUCUUGCUAGGAGAAGUGUAGCCCAUUGGACAACUACUGAAUCAUUGACAGAUUUUCCAAAACUGUCAGAAACUUUAUUGAGAAUUUUAACUCUUGGUACUUACCAGUUAAAACUGAGCUCAAGCUAUGUACAGGAGUAUAUUAGUGGUACUUGUGACUUUCACUUGCACAAGGAAAUUCCGGGCCUUCUAAGAGUUAGACUUCAGAGCCGCCAUAUAGCAUCAAAAUCAUAUCUUGUGUGGUUAAAAUAUGAUGAAGACCAUGUAAUUGCAUGGUAUUGCAAAUGUAGGGCUGGGGCUAGGACAGUUGGUACUUGCUCUCAUGUUGCUGCAGUCAUAUGGUACCUGGGCAUGGCUGUCCAUACAGCUGAAACAAGCUUUGGUGUGAAAGACUGGGGUGAGUAUUUGGAGGAUGCUUCAGCUAAUCCAGAAUCAAUAGACUCUUCAGAUUCAGAAGAAAAGUAUAGUUGAGGAAUAGCUUCCUCUCAUAUAGUGGUUGAUAUAUUGUUAUAUCCAAAUGCAAUUGUUCUAUUUUCAAAUUCUGUACAAACAAAAGUUUUUUCAAUAAAGUGAUUCUGCUUGGUUAUAUAUUUUAUAAAUAUGUCUAACAGGUUAUAUGGCCAUGCAUGAUUGAUUGUUUGCAAUAUAACCCACCCCUAGCGGCUCAUGUUAUAUAAUCUAAUGACUGUUUAUAUUGAACUAUGUACAUAGCCUGUCAGACAUUCUUGUAACUAAUAUUAUCCUGUUUCAAUCAGCGUGUCAUACUCUCUUAGAAUAUGUAAAUAUUGAACUAAAACUUUAACCAUUAAGUAAAUAAGUGUAUAUGAAGUCAGCAUUAAUUCCUUUCAAUAUGUCACCCAGUUGUGCCAGAUCUGACAGGUUUAAAUACAGUAAUGCGGACUAAUAUAUUUAUAGAUAAAUAAAUGUAAAUUAAUAUAUACUGUAAAUUCUAAUUGUAUGUUUUGAUGUACAUAUAAGUAAUUAUAUAUAAUGUUAUAUUGCUUCAGUGAUGUUAAUCUUAACUUGUACAUCUGUAUAAAAGUGCAGGAUAUUAAUUUAUCGGUACUGUAUAAAUGAGCCGUUUCACGACAAAACGAACAUAAUGGG